UUUUGUCAUCAGAUAACACUUCCGCGUGAAAAAUCUCGAAGUUUUACGCUAAUAAUUUAUUAUUUUUCCAAUAUUAUUAUACUCAACAUGUCUCUUAAACUUUUAUCUACCAAUAAAUGUUUCGAAGGCGAACAGCGUGUGUACAGUCAUGAGUCCAGUACACUGGGCUGUGAGAUGAAAUUUGGUGUUUAUUUGCCGCCUUGCUUGUUGGAAGAUAAAACCGAAUGCCCGGUAUUGUACUUCUUAAGUGGAUUGACUUGUACCCACGAAAACUUCAUACACAAGUCCGGCGUUCAACAAUAUGCUGCCAAGCAUGGUUUAGUAGUGGUAAAUCCUGAUACUUCUCCUCGUGGACUUAACAUUGAGGGAGAAAAUGAUGCUUAUGACUUCGGUACAGGGGCCGGUUUCUAUAUCAAUGCUACCCAAGAACCUUGGUCUAAAAAUUAUCAAAUGUUUUCCUACGUUACUCAGGAAUUAGUGGAAUUGAUAAAUAAAAACUUUGCAGUUGUACCCAGUAAAAAGGGUAUUUUUGGCCACAGCAUGGGUGGACAUGGUGCCUUGGUUUGUGCUUUAAAGAAUCCUGGUUUAUACCAGUCGGUUUCAGCCUUUGCUCCUAUUUCCAAUCCCGUUGAGUGUCCCUGGGGUCAGAAAGCCUUCAAAGGAUAUUUGGGAGAUGACCAAGAGGCCUGGAAGCAAUGGGAUGCUACUCACUUAGCCAAGGAUUAUGCUGGUACACCUUUGGAAUUGUUUGUUGAUCAAGGCAGUGAAGAUGAUUUCCUUAAGCAAAAACAACUACUUCCCGAUAAUUUGUUAGCCGCCACAGCCAACAACGAUCAUUUGCAAACCAUUUACAAGUUGCGUGAGGGUUAUGAUCACAGCUACUACUACAUCGCCUCCUUUGUAGGCGAACACAUUGCCUACCACGCCAAAUUAUUAAAACAAUAA